UAAAUUGGAGCUGAAGCCCUACAAAAUUUCUCCUUUCCCACUUCUCUGCUCUCACUUGGAAGGACGCCCCUCCAUGGCUUCCGCUUCUUCGCGCAGGCUCCUCCCGACCCUCCUCCGCUCCUCCGCCUCUUCCCUCCGCCGAUCCCCGUCGAGGCCUCCCUCCUCUAAUCCUAAGUCCACCCCAUUCUUCACCUCCUCGCCCCGCCACCACCGUCCUUCUCCCUACGGCUACCUCCUCACCCGUGCCGCCUACUACGCCACCUCCUCCUCCUCCUCCUCCACCGCCGCACCACCCCCUCCCCCCGGGAAGAAGGACGCCGGGAAGGGCAGGAUCACCGAUGCGUUCACCGGCGCCGGCGCGAUCGGGCAGGUGUGCCAGGUGAUCGGCGCCGUGGUCGACGUGCGGUUCGAUGAGGGCUUGCCUCCGAUCUUGACGGCCCUGGAGGUGCUCGACAACUCGAUCAGGCUGGUGCUGGAGGUGGCCCAGCACUUGGGUGAGAACAUGGUCAGGACCAUCGCUAUGGACGGGACCGAAGGGCUCGUGCGUGGUCAGCGCGUGCUCAACACUGGCUCCCCUAUCACUGUACCUGUAGGUAGGGCUACACUUGGCCGCAUCAUCAAUGUUAUUGGGGAGCCAAUUGAUGAGAGAGGCGAAAUCAAGACGGAUCAUUUUUUGCCCAUUCAUAGAGAAGCUCCAUCUUUCGUUGAGCAAGCAACCGAACAGCAGAUUCUUGUCACUGGUAUUAAGGUUGUGGACCUCCUUGCUCCAUACCAAAGAGGUGGAAAGAUCGGGCUGUUUGGCGGUGCUGGUGUAGGCAAAACAGUUCUUAUUAUGGAACUUAUCAAUAAUGUUGCUAAAGCCCAUGGUGGUUUCUCUGUGUUUGCUGGUGUUGGAGAACGAACUCGUGAGGGUAAUGACUUGUACAGGGAGAUGAUUGAGAGUGGUGUCAUCAAGCUUGGUGAUAAGCAGGCUGAAAGCAAAUGUGCUCUUGUCUAUGGUCAAAUGAAUGAGCCUCCUGGUGCACGUGCUCGUGUUGGGCUCACUGGUCUGACUGUGGCUGAACACUUCCGAGAUGCUGAAGGGCAAGAUGUGCUUCUUUUCAUUGAUAAUAUUUUCCGAUUUACCCAAGCCAAUUCAGAAGUGUCUGCCUUGCUUGGUCGUAUCCCAUCUGCUGUGGGUUAUCAACCCACUCUGGCUACUGAUCUCGGAGGUCUUCAGGAGCGUAUUACAACAACAAAGAAAGGUUCCAUUACAUCCGUCCAGGCUAUUUAUGUCCCUGCUGAUGACUUGACGGAUCCAGCUCCUGCAACCACUUUUGCUCACUUGGAUGCCACGACUGUGCUGUCACGACAGAUCUCCGAGCUUGGUAUCUAUCCUGCUGUCGAUCCCCUAGAUUCCACAUCCCGAAUGCUCUCCCCUCACAUUUUGGGUGAGCACCAUUACAAUACUGCUCGUGGAGUGCAGAAGGUUCUUCAGAAUUACAAGAAUCUUCAAGAUAUUAUCGCAAUUUUGGGAAUGGAUGAACUUAGUGAAGAUGACAAAUUGACUGUUGCUCGUGCUCGUAAAAUUCAACGAUUCUUGAGUCAGCCUUUCCAUGUUGCUGAAGUGUUCACGGGAGCCCCUGGCAAAUAUGUAGAACUGAAGGAGAGUAUUAACAGCUUCCAGGGAGUGUUGGAUGGAAAGUAUGAUGAUCUACCAGAACAAUCCUUUUACAUGGUUGGAGGCAUUGAAGAGGUUAUCGCUAAGGCAGAGAAGAUUGCCAAGGAAUCUGCUUCUUAAUCAAAUCCUCUCUUUGCCAGUUCUCUUUGUCCGCUUCACUUUUUAAUUGCAGGAACCAACAUAUUUAAGAGAUAAUUGACCUGCAAGAGGAUUGCUUUCGGACCAAAUUUCAGGAUCUCUCUCUGUGUCUUAAUCUGAUUGCAGAGCCUGGAAGAGAAAUAGAGUUGAGGGCCUCAGUUGCUAUGCCCUCUUUCUUCUUGUCACUUAAUAAGACAGGGAAUGACUGGAGGUGUAUAUUUUUAGCUUUGGUUUUGGGCAUAUUAGGUUUCUUUAAUUGAAGAAAUAUAUUU